AUGGGUUCUAUAAACCAGUCAAUUCCAGAUUUCGAAACUUUACCUGAGAAAUACGGAUGGGUAACGGAUAAUGGCAAGGGCUACAAAAUCAAGGAAGCUCUGUUCGGUACGGAGAGAUCAUUGAAAGUGAUUGCUCUUGGGGCUGGCGCGGCGGGAAUAUGCCUCGCCAAAUACCUCCCGCUCCAGUUGCGUAAUGUUUCUUUGUCAAUCUAUGACAAAAACCCUGAGGUUGGGGGUACGUGGUAUGAGAACAGAUAUCCUGGGUGCGCCUGCGAUAUACCAUCACAUAUCUAUCAAUUCUCCUGGGCCAAAAACCCGCACUGGUCAAAGUUCUACUCCGAAGGUCCUGAAAUUUUAGAAUAUUUCAAGAACGUAGUGGAACGUUUCAACCUCUCCCAAUACAUCAACCUCAACCAUGAAGUUAUAGAUGCUACCUGGGACUCGGACAGAGGCCAGUGGGACAUUCGAAUCAAGAAUCUUUUGACUGGGACCAUAUUUAUUGAUACUUGCAACGUAUUUCUGAACUGCGGCGGUAUUCUCAACGCUUGGAGGUGGCCUGAUAUCGAAGGCAUUAACACCUUCCAGGGAAAGCUUUGUCACACCGCCAAUUACGACCCAAACACUGAUUUAAAGGACAAAAGAGUUGCUGUAAUUGGAAUCGGUAGUAGCGGGGUCCAAGUGAUCCCCAAAAUUGUUAAUGAAGUUGACCAUCUGUACUGCUGGAUCCGGUCCCCAACCUGGAUGACUUCCGGCUUUGCUCAAAAAUAUGCUGGCCCGAACGGCGAAAACUUCAAUUACUCCGAUGAGCAGAAGCAAUAUUUUGCUAAAAACUCCGAAGAGUACCUUGAAUACUGCAAGAAUUUGGAGAUCGAGAUUCAUCAAGUUUUCAAGUCCGUCCAACUUGGGUCUCCGGAAUCCCGACUCGCGAAAGAGUUCUCAUCCAAGGAAAUGAAAAAUAAGUUGGCUCAUCGGACGGAUAUAAUGGAGCGUAUAAUUCCCACGACGUUUGAAGUUGGCUGUCGAAGACCUACUCCUGGGAACGGCUUUUUAGAAGCACUUACCUUGGACAAGGUCACCACAUAUCUGGACUCGGUCAAAAAGAUUACACGCAAAGGAUUCAUUGAUACCGACGGCAAUGAGCAAGAGGUGGAUGUGAUCAUUUGUGCCACAGGGUUCGAUACUAGCUGGGUUCCGCGGUUCCCUAUUGUGGCAAACGGUAAGAACUUGCAGGAUAUUCAACGGAAAAAACCUAUCUCCUAUCUCUCUAUGGCUGUUCCAGGCAUGCCUAACUAUUUCACCAUUGGUGGUCCUUACUUUUCGUUUGGCCAUGGCUCGUACACUACCAUGGUGGAGUUAUUCAUUGAUAAUAUUCUUUCCAUCAUCAAGAAGCUCCAGAAAGAAAAUAUCAAAUCAAUGUCCCCACAGCAGAGCGCAACCGAGGACUUUAUUGACCAUGCUGAUAUCUGGCUAAAGCGCACCGCGUGGGCCGGACCCUGCCCUUCUUGGUUCAAGAAUGGUACGGUGGAUGGGGUGCUCACUAUUUUCCCGGGUUCUAGGAUGGUGCUGGCAAACCUUCUGGAGUGCCCGAGGUAUGAAGAUUAUGACAUCGAGUAUCUGAGCAAAAAUAGGUUUUCCUUCAUGGGAAAUGGAUUCUCAACAAAGGAAUACGACGGCAGUGACGCAGCGUGGUACCUGGCCUUGAAAAAAUCGGACAAUGAUGACCAGACUCGAAAACAUGUUAUGAAGCAACAUUAA